AAAAGGAAGAUGCUUCUCUCGCGCACCGCCCGCCACCUCACGCGCCGCGCUAGAACAUUAAGCGCCUGGGCCGGCGUGCCCGCGGCGCCGGCGGACCCGAUCGUCGGUCUAAAUCAGACCUUCGCGGACGACCCGUCGACCACCAAGGUGCUCUUGGGUGUGGGCGCGUACCGCGACGACGCGGGCAAGCCCUACGUCCUGCCGUCCAUCAGGGAGGCCGAAAGCCGUGUGGUGAAUGGCAACCCGAACCACGAGUACGCCGCCAUAACUGGAGAUGCCGAGUUCGUCAAGUUAUCCCUAGAAUUCGCCUACGGGCCCGAUUCCGCACCAUUGCAGGAGGGCCGCGUCGCCGCGGCCCAGGUUUUGUCAGGUACGGGCGGGUUGCGCGUCUGCGCGCAACUCAUCGAGCGCCUGCCGCGCCUCACUGGAAGUUCACAGAAGCCGGUCUGCUACAUGCCCGAGCCGACGUGGGGCAACCACGCCAAGGUCUUCCAAGAUGCGGGAGUUGAAGUCAGGCGCUACCGCUACCUUGAUUCUAACACGAAGACGACGCUCGACUACGAGGGCAUGAAGGAAGACCUGCUAGGAGCGGAGGCCGGGUCUACCAUCCUACUCCACGCCUGCGCGCACAACCCGACGGGCGUCGACCCGUCUCCGGACCAGUGGCGCGACCUGUCGGCAGCUUUGAAGAAGACCGAUUUACAACUCUUCUUCGACUGCGCGUACCAAGGUUUUGCCAGUGGCGACGCCGAGGCCGACGCCGUGGCUUUACGAAGCUUUGUCGAGGACGGCCAUCAAAUAUUACUGUGCCAGUCCUACGCGAAGAACUUCGGGCUCUACGGCGAGCGCGUCGGCGCGCUCAGCGCGGUCUGCUCGUCCACCGAGGAGAAGGCCGCGCUCGAGAGCCAGCUCAAGGCCAUUAUUCGGCCCAUGUACUCGUCGCCGCCGAUCCACGGCGCGCGCAUCGUCAAGGAGGUUUUAGGUGAUGCCACCCUCCGAGCGCAGUGGACGGGCGAAUGUAAGGAAAUGGCCAACCGCAUCCAGGAGAUGCGCUCUUUGUUAAGGGAGGGCCUGGCGGAGGCGGGAUCCACAAAGGACUGGAGCCACAUCACGGACCAGAUCGGCAUGUUCGCCUACACGGGAUUGAGCAAGGAGCAGGUCCAAAAGAUGCGGGACGAGUCCGCCGUCUACUGCACGCUCGACGGUAGGAUUUCGGUGGCGGGCCUGAACCGGGACAACGUGGCCUACGUCGCGGCGGCGAUCCACGCCGUCUCCAAGUAAAUUCUACAGUAUUUAAUGGUGCGCGUGCUUCGCGUCGUACUCUUUGAUGGCGGCGGCCGUCUUCUCCUUCUUGUGCGCGACGUGGUAGCGCCCCAGCACCGAAUACUCGAUGAAGUAGCCCACGGCGCCGAUGGUGACCAUGAAGCCCGUGAUGGGUUGCGCUAAAAUGUUGCCCUGGAUGUACUUGGUCCGCACCAUCGCGCCGAAGUCGGUCGCGGCGGCCUGGUAGAAGGCCGGGCUCAGGAAGCGUCUCAGGGACGCCAUCGCGGCCAUUUUGUUUCUCCGCGGCGCGGCGGCGGCGGCUUCUUCUGCGGGGGGGGCGCGGCGUUGGCGUUUUGUGGGGGCGGGGGCGCGUCGGGGUGCCGCCGGGGGGGACCGCAGGGCGCGCGGGGUGCGGCUGCGCGCCGCGAUGGGUGGCUUUUGCAGAGGCUGAGGGAGAGGCGGCUCAGGCCCCAGCUCGACCGCCGCUCGCGCCAGCCUCGCUCGCGGACGCAGCGAUGGCCUCGCGAGAGCGGUUGUAGGGCGUCAAAACUCACCUUAGGGUCCCGCUUUGCCUGCUUUGGCGCUUUUUGGUCGCGUGCUGCGGCUAGCGUAAGCCCUCUAGUACCGCGAUGGGCAUACAAAAAAAAGCGCAGCGUUUGCCUCGCUGAUAGCGCUUGGAAGCACACCGCUUGCAAAAUCAAGUAGCUGCGCUAGCCCCCCGAGUUGCUGCUAAUUUCUUUUGCAAGUCUUGCACCUCACCAAGCCAUCUGCAGCCGCGGCAGCCGUAGCAGCCUCACACAGAGCCAACAUGGCGCGAGAUGCAGUAGACGACGAC